AUGUCCUCAGAAAGCAAUAAAAAGCCUAUAGUCAUAAUCCCACAAACCACUAUGAACAUUCGCAGGUUGGAAAUUGAAUAAGUGGAUCAGAGUGAUGACCUCGAAGCCUCAUCAGAAAAAAUCUCAGAAUAGCAAUCAGAUGACCCCUUUUUAAAUUUUGUUGCCUCAUAUUCACUCUUCACCAAUAAUUCAGAAGAUACUCAAUUAGAUCUCACUUAAGUGCUACAACAACUCAAUGAUAAGAUUUAAAUCAUGAAACCACCAUCGAAUCACUUAUUAGACUUUCAUUAGUAAUUAUAAAUUAAAGAAAAUCAAAUAAAUGAAUUAGCAGACACUCUCAAAUAAUUACCAGACUCUAAACUCCUUUCUUGUAUUCAAGAUGUUGAGAAACUUUACUAUAGACUAUCAGUUGAUUUUCAAGAAGAAUUGCGCACUGCCUAAAAACUAAGAAUUGUUUGA